AUGUGCUACUUUGGCAACUUCUAUGGCCUGGGCUAUGGCUACGGUGGUCUGGGAUAUGGCUGCGGCUGUGGCUAUGGCUCUAGGUAUGGUGGCUAUGGAUACACCUGCUACCGUCCAUGUUGCUAUGGAAGAUACUGGUCUGGAUACUUCUAA